GCGUGGACGUGGACGCCGAAGUUUACAAAGAAUUAGAUUGAGGCGAGUUAAAAAUGGAGUACGUGUGCCGCGUUUGCCUGGUUGGUUCCGUACCACUUGUGGACAUAUUCGCCGAAAUUUGCGAUCUCAGAUUGAACCUAUAUAAAAUCAGCCCCGCCUGUAUCAUCAGCAAGUUCUCACCUGAGCAUUCUGUGGUACGCGGGGACUCGAUGCCGCAGUUUAUUUGUCCCUCCUGCAUUCUUGGAGUGCAGACUGCAUAUCGGUUUAAGUUGUUAUUGGACAAAAGCUUUGCAAAUUAUCAACAACGCUUGUUAUCAAACAAUGUUAUCAAUGAAGAAACGUACACCAUCGAAAACAGCGAUGAAAAGGAGGAUCGCAUGCGUGCAAGUGAAAGGCAUGAGAUUGAGGCGGUGCUCAAUAAUGCUAUGUUGCCCGAGACGGCGGACGAGUCGGUUGAAAUUGACAACGAAGAAGAAGGCACUUACACAUUGAGGAAUCCUCUAAGGAACUUCGCUGAUGAUCAGACUCGUCUGCAGAUGAGCGUUUCAAUGGAUACCCAUGACAUUAACAAAAUGGAGCAGAUGCACAAGCUGGCUCGGGUGGCAGAAGCAGAGGCUCACAUGCACAACAAUUUACAACCGAAUAAAGCCAAUAAGAGGCAGAGUCGUCACUGUGGCAAGUUGCCGUUCCCUGAAGUGUGUGGCAAAGGAUUCAUGUCUGAGUGCCAGCUAAAUAGACAUGAAACCAGUCACAAGAACAAGCAGACGUCCGAACUCAACACGAAACCUCUUGGAAUUAAGAACACAAUUAAUCGUAGUCCGUUACCGAAAAAGAAGAAACCAGAGUCGGUGGAGAGUGAUUGGGAAGUGCUUUCCAGCCAUGAUACCUCUAGUCGCUCAAGAAGUGCACCGUUGCCAAAGAUCAACGACCUUGGCAGUGAUAUCUCAGGCCACACCAAGAAGACCCAAUCAUUGUCAAAAAAACUGAAUUUUAUGUGCGAUGAGUGCGGUAAAAUAUUUUUGCUCAAAAGAUGCCUGGAUAAGCACACUUGUCAUCACUCAACGAACGUCCGGCGAACGUCCUUUCCAGUGCACGCAGUGCGACGCAAACUGUAGGCCAAGGUCUUCGCUGCAUAAACAUGUUCAUUGUACUCACACUCGAACGUCCUUACGAGUGCCGCUGCGUGAAAAAAAGCAGCUCGAAUACUGACCUUGGGGAACAUAUGCGAGGGUGCUGCUAGAAGAAAAAAGAAAGCUUUGACGAUAGAACUAAACUGAAGAUAUAGAAAUGAAUAGUUUAAAGUUUAACUAAGGAAAAUAUGCCUUAAAGGCGUUGGGUCGUACUUUUGCAUCGUUUAAAAUAUCCAUCGAAUCUUUAAUUUUUUGUUCUUGCCUUUUUUAAGUUGAUGAAAUGACAACAUUUAUUUAGAAAACAUUCGACGAACUGGUUACAUGAUAUUUAUAAUUUUAAGUUUAUAAUUAACGCCGUGGACCUUUUCUAUUAAAAUUGUACUUUAAUCUAAGUUAAUUUAAUUUUGAUAUCAAAAGAGCCGGAAUUAAAGGGGUCCCCAGGCUGAGGAACUUCUGGCAGUAGCAUAACAGGUGUGGCCUCGUAGGACUCGUAGGAAAUUCCCAGGCUCUAGAGGAAGUUGGUCUACAUCGAAUUUCGAGCGGUCUAGAAUUAAGGACACCUUCGUUCUUGGUCAAAAUGGUAUAUAAAUCAUCAAUAUAUAAUGUCAUUAUGUCUAAGACAAUUUUUUGUAGUCCCGCGUUGCAGGGAAUGUUCCGCUUUAUCUAAUUUCAUUCGUGAUUUCCUUUUGCUGAUACAAAAUUCCAAUAGCUUGACCUGGUUCGUUAAAAACAUUUGAUUUAUUAGAAAUAAAUGCGAAGGAAAUUGAAGAUGGA